AUGGCGCCUGUUCCCGAUACUCCACGACCACGCGUGAGAAGCUCCGCACGACCGCCGAGACGACAUAUUUCUGAUUCAGCGCCUCCCAGCAAGAGGCGCAAGUACAUUCCCGGUGGACCAGGAGGUGGGGGCAGAUACGUCGAUGACGAAGGCACAGAGACGCCAGUAGGAGGAACAGGACCCGGAGGCUACGCGUAUACGGGGCCCCGUGGCCGUGUCGGACGUCUCAACGCUGAAAGACAAGGACUGCCCGCACCCGCGCCCUCGCCCUCAUACUCACGACCCCGACGCGACAGGCCGCCAGCUGGACCGCGUUCCAGCUCGGCCGCUGCCGUUGCCGCCGCCGUGGCGCAGAACGAUGGAUAUAAGCCGCGCGAGGAGCGGAGUUGGGAUGAGUUUCACCCAGAUCUUGACAUCGAUGCUGAGUUCCCCGUCUUCAGCGCCGAUCAAAUCGAUGGCAUAAGUCCUGCCGAAAGUGCACCCGAUACACCGCUUGAUGGCUCGUCUAGUGGCCAAUAUGCGGUGGAGAUUGGUCUGUCUGGUAUGCUCGACAGCCUGCGUGCAGAACAAGUGGAAGCCGCCGAACAAGAGGAUUUCAUGUUAGCAGUCAAUGGCACAGGAGCGCUGGUCACGCCAAAGCGACGCCCAGGCCGUCCACCGCGGAACAAGGAUUCUAUGCUUGCUGGGCUGGGCUCGCCCCCACGACCGCGCAUAAAUCCCCUUCCGACUAUGAACCCGAGGGAGAAGCUGAACCUGCCCAAGCCGUCGGUGCGCCAAGUCGACCCAUUCAAAGCCCACGAAGAAAGCGAGCAAGUGAAGAUCAAUUAUGUUGAUCGAACAAUGGCAAACAUUGGGUAUCAAGAGAGCGAAGUCUUCGCAAGGCCAGAGAACAGCUUGAUUCGGCUUCCUGAAGGGUCCAUUGAAGAGGACCUAGACUUGACGCUACAAACAGAAACCGAGGGCUCUGCAGGCGCAGUCGCCGUUGGCCGCGUAGAAUAUGACAUGGACGAACAGGAUGAUCGCUGGUUGGAAGCGCUCAACCUACAGCGAAAGGAGGAGGGGGUGGAAGGCAUCAAACCUGCAAUAUUUGAAGUCACUGUUACACAAAUCGAAAAGGAGUGGCAUGCUUUGGAGAAACGCAUCCCAAAGCCAAAUCCGAAGCCACCUCAAACGCAUCGUCCGCGCUCAAGCAGUGCAGCCGCAGUUAACGGGGAACCUGCUGGCCAAGGCGAAGAACAAGAUACUAAGUGUGCUAUCUGUGAUGACGGCGACUGCGAGAACACAAACGCAAUAGUAUUCUGCGACGGCUGUGACUUGGCCGUUCAUCAAGAAUGUUAUGGUGUGCCAUUCAUACCAGAAGGACAAUGGCUCUGCAGACGAUGUCAAUUAGUGGGGCGCGGUACCCCUGUUAGUGAGCUUCCGGGCUGCAUAUUCUGUCCAAAUGUAGACGGCGCUUUCAAACAAACAACAGCGAUGAAAUGGGCACAUCUUCUGUGUGCCAUGUGGAUUCCCGAGGUAUCGCUGGGCAAUGCGACAUUCCAAGAGCCAGUGCAAGAUGUUGAAAAGGUGCCCAAAACACGCUGGAAACUUUCCUGUUACAUUUGCAAACAGAGGAUGGGCGCGUGCAUUCAGUGCGGGCACAAGUCUUGUUUCGAGGCCUUUCAUGUCACCUGCGCUCGUAGGGCCAGAUUAUGCUUGCGGAUGAAGUCCUCCCAAUCGGCGAAUCCACUUGAUGGCACUGUGCUUAAAGCGUAUUGUGAUCGACACACGCCCUCUGACUGGAAGCGUGAAUACGACGUAGACAGCGCAGUUGCAGACGCAAAAGCGUUUUACCGCCACACCAUGCGUCAUGUUCGAUGGCCUGAUAGUCAAGCAUACGCCCUCUCCAUAGGCUCAUCGCACGCCAUGCCUUCAAUCGAAGGCGCCGAUGAUGACGACACUAUAGGUAGUAAUAAGCGCAAGCGGGGCCAAUCGACAAAGUCGUGGAGACUUCCGUCCGGAGCACCUGUUGUGCCGCAGGCCGUCUACCACAACGUUGAAACCACACUCAUCAAGUUUAACGUCCGGAAGCGCAAGGAAUUCGUUCAAGAAGCUUGCAAGUACUGGACGCUAAAGCGUGAGGCACGCCGUGGGGCUGCUCUUCUCAAGCGUCUUCAGCUGCAGAUGGAAGCCUUCUCGUCCAUGGAAAUUACCCGGCGCAGCUUUGCGGGUAUGGGCGCGGCUGGUAGACCACGACUUCAGCGGCGCAUCGAGUUCGCAGAGCGUCUCGAAGAUGACAUGGAACAGAUUCGGGUUCUUUGCGACAUGGUCAAGCAACGAGAGGCAGAGAAGCUCAAAGACGUCAUGAUCCUCAAACAGAUUGUUGACUGCAUCUACUUUCCGAUACCACGGCUGCUGGAGCCGAUACUCCAUCGAGCAAUGACGUAUGACAGUAGAGGCGUUUUCGCCGAUGGCUUCAGCGAUCUACAGAUCAAGCUCGAUGAGAAAUUCUACCCUUCAGUGCAAACAUUCAACGAGGACAUGGCAGCAGUGUUGAGCGCCGAAGUCGGCUUUGCCCCUGUCACUACGCUUGGAGACGCGGAAAGCCAGAUGAACAAAGUCGCCCACAGCACUCUGUCGUCAGAGCAGAAAGAGAUGAAGAAACUGGUCAAGCGUAUCACUAAAGGCUUGCAACCACUCUUCGAAGAAGCCAUGCGCAAGGAAGCUGAAUUGGCAGGCCGAGCUUACGAGAAACUGCCUGAUCUCGAGACGCUUCUCAACCAGAAACUACAACGCAGGCCCAGUGCUCUCUCCUAUGAAGGCAGCAUCCGACAGACGACGGAGACGGGCCUAGCAGAGGUCGAGCAGGCCGAAGAAGAUAUGCUCGACAUGGGUGCAAAAGCUGCCAGCAAACUCGAAGAAGUCCAGCUCGCGCCUACACCUGAUGAGAAUGCCGCCGACGCACAUGACGCAGCGCAUGACGAAGCGACCGACGACGCAGCUAUUGCGGCGCAGCUAGGACAAGAUGCCUUACAAGUUUCCAACGAAGAAGGCCAAGGACCUGGCGCCAUGGAGGUGGACGUGGUAGGGGGCAACGGCCGUCCUGAGCCGCUUACGCCUCCAAGAUCCGAGAAGAAUCUUCUGAACCCUCUGGUCAACGGCGGCAUUCCCUGGUAUCUUGAGACGUUUGACAUUGACGGCACGACGGUAUAUGAGGAGCGGUACACGGGGCGAGAAGUACUUCGAGACAUGAGCGAGGAACUGAGCGAACUCGACGACGACGAACUCGACGGGCUUGCAGACUCGGAUCCCAUUCGGCCAAAUGAUGUACCAGGUACGACUGUACCAGAGAUGAUACAGAAAGCAGUGGCGCGGAAGAAGCAGAAGAGGUCGAGGUAUAGGUGA